UGACGACUGCCGUGACUUCAGCACCUGCUUUUUCCAUCAACGCAGCCUUUGUUGUUCUCUCUAUAUAGAAGGCACAGUUAACUUAGAAGAACAACAGCUGAUUCUUAUUUUUACAGUUCCAUCGUCGUACUAUAUUUUGAGAGGUUACGUUGUGACCUUUGAAAAGUUUGAAGCUAUUUAAAUUUGAGCCGUAAGGCUCAAAUAUCACUGUUAAAAUGCUUAGAAAUUUAUUAAAAGGUACUUCUGCUCUGCAGCAGAACGUAAACUGCUUGCUGCGACUUUCAACAGUUGAAGCUGGCAUCCAAGAAAAAAAGCUCUAUGCUACUCAAUCAGAAGCCAUCCAGCCUACUCAAAGCGACUUGCCAGACAAGAGGGAGAAGCGACCUUACUCGCCAUUUCAAAAUCCAAUCAAUAAAGUAGAUUAUACUCUGGCCAGGGUCGAUGAUCUUCUCAAUUGGGGUAGAAAGAACUCUUUGUGGCCGCUGACUUUCGGCUUGGCAUGCUGUGCGGUUGAGAUGAUGCACAUAGCAGCUCCUCGCUACGACAUGGACAGAUACGGAGUCGUGUUUCGCGCCUCUCCCCGACAGGCUGACGUCAUCAUUGUAGCCGGCACUCUAACCAAUAAAAUGGCGCCUGCUCUUCGUCUAGUCUAUGAUCAGAUGCCUGAUCCUCGCUGGGUUAUUUCAAUGGGCAGUUGUGCAAAUGGCGGCGGCUACUACCACUAUUCCUACUCAGUGGUUAGAGGAUGCGAUAGAAUUAUACCCGUUGACAUAUAUGUUCCAGGUUGUCCUCCGACUGCGGAAGCCUUGAUGUAUGGAAUUUUGCAACUUCAAAAGAAAGUCAAACGAAUGAAUGUAGCCCAAAUGUGGUAUAGAAAGUAAAUGCAACUAGUAUCAACACAUUAUACAUUAUAGAAUCCGAUAAUGAUCGUGAGGUUCUAAUACAACAAAGUCUUACUAAAUUAAACCAUGCAAGAAAAUUUUGUAAUCAAAUAUAAAUGUGUUAAUUAUUGUAUUAAACCAAAUUAGAUACCACAAAUAUAUAGCCUAUAUAUAU